CCUACUGUUAGAACUCAACUCUCUUUGUGGUUUACGUAAUUGGUAUAAUGCCACGAAAGCCGGCAAGACAUUGCAGACCAGCGCGGUGUCCACCUUUGAGUUUCUCCCCAUUUGCUCGUUCAAUGGCACGGAUUGCAUCAAAUAACAAAGUUACACACAAGGUUCAGAACUCCAGAAUUCCAGGAAAUGAUCAACCUAGCUCUUCAGGUAAAAUGGUAAAUCACGGACCAACAGACAAGAGAGAAGAUUCCAGUUCUUCAGAUGAUGAAGAGUUUGAUGACACUGUUCAAGCAGAUUUUGAAUUCUUUGAUCCAAAACCUAGUGAUUUCCAUGGUGUGAAAAUCCUGCUGCAGGCCUAUCUUGAUGAUAAGCAAUGGGAUUUGAGUGGUUUUGUGGAUGUAAUACUGGGUCAACCCACAGUGGGAACUGUUGUUAAAAUAGAGAAUGAUGAAGAUGAUGGUAUUUACUCCAUUGUCACGGCUCUUAACUUGGGUAGAUAUAAGGAUCUAGAGUGCAUGGCUGACCUUAAAGAGUACCUGCUUAAAGCAUGCCCCCAGAAGGAUGUAUUCUUUAAAUUGAGCUUAUUUCUCGGAGACCAAGCCAAGGAUGUUGGUCUCUUGGUAUCUCAACGUGUUGUUAAUCUUCCUCCCCAGCUUUUGCCACCCCUUUAUGAUGCACUUUUUGAUGAAGUCUCUUGGGCUACCGAAGAUGAGCCUACAGAGGAGCUCCGGAAAUCUUUCUGCUUCAAGUCUUACCUAGUAAUCAGUAAAAUCUACAAGCAUAAGAAUGCGGACAAGCAAAAUGGACCAAGUGCUGAUCAAACUAUUGUGUACAUCAAGGCAGAAGACGAAAUAUUUCAUGAGUUAAGCUCUUGGUCCUUCAGUUUUCCUUUGCAUACACAGCUGGUUAGGACUGACGAGAUGAAAGAUUACCGGCUAACUGGCUUGGUAAUGGCAGUAAACGCGACCAAAAUCCCUACCUUUCGGAAAAAACUGCACUCUUUAAUAGACGAGUCAUGAUUUGAUGAGAAAUUCUACCUAAUCAGUUUCAAUUAGACGCGUCGUUGGAGGCUAUAUGGGUUACUACUACAUGCCUGCAGCUGGACAUGAAGCAGUAAUCUGCAUUUUUGGCAGAUAGAUUGAAAGUAUUUAGUAA